AUGUAUAUCGUGCUGUGCCUAUGGCAUUUUCCAUUUCUAAAGUGGGCUCCAUACGUAAACUUCAUCUAUGGCAAGGCACCCAACUACAAAGUCACUGGGACAGCAGUGGAAAUCAUUGACAUGAUCUCGCGACAUCUGAAUACUUGUUACGAGUUUGUAGUAGCUCAAGACCGCGUAUUUGGCUCGCAGCUUCCCAACGGGUCCUGGACAGGUUUGAUGGGCCUGAUAACACGAAGGGAGGUGGAUAUGACGGCUGUAGUCCUAUCGGUAGACUACCUGCGAGAUCGAGCGGUUGACUUCAGCGUCCCCCUCUACGUAGACCAACAGGCGGUGGGCUACAAACGACCCGUCUUCGAAGCCGAUAUGCUAGGAUUCGUGAAACCUUAUUCAUACGAGCUGUGGUUUUCGCUGUUGGCAACUGUGGUGCUGGUGUUCGGCUGCACUUUCACGAUCCAGCUGUUUCAGAUCAGGAUGCUCCGUGGAAAACCUGCUGAUGACAAGGAAAUGACUGAAAAGGAAACGGUGAAGAGCAUGUGGGCUUCCUACAUGUGGAUCCUCGGCGCUCUCCUCGCCCAGUCGGUCCCGUCGGAGUGUAAAGGAAACUCGGUGAGGUUCAUCCGAGGUCUGUGGCUCCUCUCCGCUCUCAUCAUCGGCUCAGUGUACCGCUCGAACCUCAAGGCCAUGCUGAUUCUGCCCAAACUGCGCCUGCCGUUUGAUAGCAUGGAGGAGCUCGUGGAAACCGGCAUCCCGACCUACGUGUACCAGGACAGCAUGAUUCACCAGGCCAUCAUGACGGCGGCACCAGGGACGUCCCUCUACAAGCUGAGGAAGCAGGCCCUUGUGCGCAGGGAUGUGUUGACGAUGGUGGACGAGGUCUCCGAGGGCGCCUACGCUGCGUUCUUCGGGAAGAAGGCAUUUGAGUCGAUCAUCCAUCAUAUCUACGGCACGCGGGGGACAUGCCCUUUGUACAUGGCCAAGGGGACAAUCUUCACCACGAGCCUCUGCCUUGCGUUUCCCAAAGGAUCGCCGCUCGUCAAGAAAGUGAACCCUCUACUCUAUAGGAUGAAGGAAUCUGGCAUCCUGAACCGCAUGUACCUCCAUGGCUUGUCGAAUUACACCAAGUGUGUUCAGCCGGGCUUGGUGUCGCCCUCGAAAAGCCUGAGACCCUUCGAGCUGGAGGACUUCUACGGCGUCUUCUGUGUGUACUUCGGGGGAGUGGUCUUUUCGGUGCUCGUGUUCCUCCUGGAGCUGGCGGUUCCUCUCAAGCACUUCAGCGCCAACGUCUGCAGAAGAGGAAAGGCGGAUCGAGGUCACUCAGACUCCAGCCCACCCUCCCUCGCCAGUGCUUGAAUCUCACGUAACCUAGCUUGACCUAGAUUGACGUAGCUUGACCCUCGUACCUACAUUUGAUGACUUUUGGAAUGAAUACUGCACUGUGCUGCUGUAACCUCCGGGAUAGUACAGUGAUACAUCUGAUAGUACAGCCUCUCAUCCGAGGUGUCGGCGGUUGCAAUUGUCACCUGGAGGUUACCGCUGUUUCUGGGCACUGUGGUGGGUAAGGACUAAGCUCUGUCGC